AUGGCUCCAGCCAUCGCCGUCUCGAAGCCUCAGCACCGCCAUGAUCUGCCGGCAUUGGCGGAGCACGAGGUGUUGCAAAAGAGAAACGAGGAGUUGGAAAAGGAAUUGAAAAGGAGCCUGGAAAGAGAAGAAAAUAUGAAACGAGAAUUGCAAAGAACGUGGGACCGGCUGAGGGUGGCGGAGGAGGCGGAGGAGCGGCUCUGCUCCCAACUCGGCGAGUUUGAAGCUGAGGCUGUAGAUCAGGCUCGGGCUUACCGAGCACGAUUAAUGUCAUUAAUGGAACAACUUUCUACUGCCCAAAAAGUUCUUCAACAAGCCUCCAUUUCUGUCCCAAGUUCUCGAUGA